UAUAAAGGUACUGCCCAGGUCAAAAUGAGAACGAAACAGAGCCUGAGAUCGUACAGCACUCCUCCUGCAUUGGAAGUGAUCUUUGAAGCAGCAUGCAGCUCUCCAGCAACUCCCUGCACACGCUGUCGCUCCUCGCUGGGAUCCUGUCUCUGGCUGUAGUUCUGACCUGCGCUGCACCCCUGACGGAGUUUUCUGGAGAAGUAGGAUUUUCCUUGGAGGACCCGGACUUCCAGAAGUUUGUUGCCAACAGCUUUGAUCUGACAAGCAAAAUCCAGAGCCAGCUCCACGCACUGCAGCUCCCCUCGGACUCGGAUCUGGGAGUGAUGGAGAGCCGGCUGCAGGUCCCCAGCACCCCUCUCAGGGAGUGUCUCUCCAAAAUCCACGUGGAGAGCUGUCUGGCCCAGAUUCACGCUGGUUUGCGUUUGUAUCGCAGUUUCCUCCCUGUGGUUCAGGAACAUGUGGAGCCAGCGCAGCGCCAUCACGUGGAGAUGCUCUCCCACGACGCCAAGGACCUCCUGCAACAAAUACACCAGCAGAUGCUGUCUCUUGAGCUGCCCCUGGUUAGCUACCCCGAUGAGGAGGGGGGCCCGUCCUCUCAUCAGCCCUUCCUGGGGGGGUUGAGCGGAGAGUCGGAGCGCCGCGUCGGGAGCUACAUCCUCCUUCGCAACUUCCAUAGCUUCAUACUGUCAGUGUACCGAGCCCUGCGCAGCCUGAAAAAACACUGACCAUCUGGGCCAGCUCCGAGCAGCGCCGAACAGCUGAGCAGCUCCGAACAGCGCCAAACAGCUCCGAACAGCGCCAAACAGAUCCGAACAGCGCCGAACAGCUCCGAACAGUGCAGAACGGGGCUGUUCGGAUAAUAGAGGUUUCACUGUAUAAUUUGGGUUAUAUUUAUUAUUUAUUAAAUUAUUUUAAUCACUGAUAAU